AUGACUCAGCCCACGCAGACGCGACAGGACACCUCGGAAGACCGGAGCUCCCGUAUCAACAAGUUUCGAGGCGGGAUACAAAGCGCGCAUGUUUUCUUCCAUGCCCAGAUAACGGAGAAUAGUUGCAGUAAAGUCAAGACGCAUUUACAAGGUGCCAGAGGUGGAGAAGAGUACGACGAUCACAACCACACAUAUCUCGAUGACUUCAUCCUGUCUAUUUCUUUUAUGUCCCAGGCAGAGGAGACUAGAUUGGAUAUAUCAGCACAAUGGGUAGGACCAAUCCGUACAUCUUAG